CGCCGCGGCCGGACGGGCGUCUCCGAGGACGGCGGUAGGUGAGACCCGGGGCUGGGGUCCUGCUCUCCGCACCGGUCCCCGAGCCCCGACUCCGGGCGGCGGCGCUCAGCGCGGGAGGGGCGUCCCUCCGCCCGGCUCCGGCGCGCGAGGGGCAGAGGCGGAGACGCUGAGAAGAUGCAGCUGCCAUUGAGAGAGCUGUGGUGUGCGCUGCUGCUCUGCGCAGUGGGAUUUCCUGGGGCCAGCCAGGUCACCCUACGGUUCAGCAGAGGAGCCAGAUCAUACAGAGCUGUCUGCAGGGAUGAGACAACACAGAUGACUUACCAGCAGCAUCAGUCCUGGCUGCGCCCCAUGAUCAGAUACAGCCGGGUUGAAUACUGUCGCUGCAGCUGGAACGGGCUUCAGUGCCACUCGGUGCCCGUCAAAGGCUGCAGUGAACCCAGGUGCUUCAAUGGAGGGACGUGUUGGCAGCCUCUCUAUUUCUCAGAUUUUGUCUGCCAGUGCCCUGAUGGAUUUGCUGGGAAAUACUGCGAAGUAGAUACAAGAACCACGUGCUACAAGGGCAAGGGCAUCACCUACCGGGGCACGUGGAGCACAGCAGACAGCGGGGCUGAGUGUGCCAACUGGAACAGCAGUGUGCUGAGUGGGAAGUGGUACACCGGGCGGAGGCCAGAUGCCAUCAAGCUGGGUCUGGGGAAUCACAACUACUGCAGAAACCCAGACAAAGACAGAAAGCCGUGGUGCUAUGUCUUCAAGGAAGGGACAUAUAGUCCCGAGUUUUGCAGCAUCCCUGCCUGCUCUGUGGAAAACAAUGAGGACUGCUACUCCCAAACUGGAUUAACGUACCGUGGCCCCCAUAGUCGCACGAUGUCUGGGGUCUCCUGCCUCCCAUGGAAUUCCAGGAUUCUGGUGGACAAGAAGUACACGGCGUGGACUGCGAAUGCCCAAGCCCUGGGUCUGGGCAGACACAAUUACUGUCGAAAUCCAGAUGGGGAUUCCCAGCCUUGGUGUCACGUGCUGAAGGACAGAAAGCUGACCUGGGAAUAUUGUGAUGUGCCACAGUGCUCCACCUGUGGUGUGAGACGCUCCCAGCAGCCUCAGUUCCGCAUUAAAGGGGGACUCUUCACAGACAUCACCUCGCACCCGUGGCAGGCUGCCAUCUUCGUCAGGAACAGGAGGGCGCCAGGAGAAAGGUUUCUGUGUGGGGGCAUGCUCAUCAGCUCCUGCUGGGUUCUGUCUGCGGCCCACUGCUUCCUGGACCGGUUUCCUCCCAAAGACGUUACGGUGGUCUUGGGCAGAACCUACCGCGUGGUUCCUGGAGAGGAGGAGCAAAAGUUUGAAGUAAAAAAAUACUUGAUCCAUAAGGAAUUUGAUGAUGACACUUACAACAAUGACAUUGCACUGCUUCAGCUGAAAUCAGACUCACCCUUCUGCGCCCAGGAGAGUGACUCAGUCCGCCCCGUGUGUCUCCCGGAGGCCGGCCUGCAGCUGCCCGACUGGACGGAGUGUGAGAUUUCAGGCUACGGCAAGCAUGAGGCAUCUGCUCUUUUCUAUUCUGAGCGUCUGAAGGAGGGCCAUGUCAGGCUAUACCCUGCCAGACUAUGUUCGCCACAGUAUUUGUCUAACAAAACUGUUACAGACAACAUGCUUUGUGCUGGGGAUACACGGAGUCAUGGAGACAACGUCAACUUGCAUGAUGCCUGCCAGGGUGAUUCAGGAGGCCCUCUGGUGUGUAUGAAUGACAAUCGCAUGACCCUGAUUGGUAUCAUCAGCUGGGGCCUUGGUUGUGGGGAGAAAGAUGUUCCAGGAGUAUACACCAAAGUUACUAAUUACCUAGACUGGAUUCAAAACAAUAUUCGACCAUGACAGAAAUACCCAGUUCCCUGAAAUAGUGGAAGACCCUGCCUAUUUCUCCUCAAAGACACAUCAAGGCCUUGUUAAUGUGAGCAGCUUUGGAAGCUAUUUAUGCCUAUUUAUAGUCAUAAGGAACCCAAGUGGAGCCUCCUGGCAAGGGAUGGGCUGGCUGGCCAGCUUAAGUUCCUCAAAAUCAUCCUUCAAAUCAAUUAGUUGACUUUUGCUUUCUCUACAGCACUUAGAAGGAAUUUCUAUUGUGUUCAUUGUAAAUCUUCUUUAUAAACCUUGAUCAAAUAAAAUUAUAGUAUUUUAACAAUAGAAUGAUAGAAAUGGUUUAGCCUAUUUGUUUAAAUAAUUUUAGUUUUCACUUUCUGUGGUCACAAUCCUGUAUACUGUAUUGGAAUAAUAAAUUCAAAUAUAUUUUCACACACUUCC